AUGAGCGGAAUAGAUUUUUUUGCGCCGGCCGAGAUACACCGUGAUCGUAGUACGGUGGACAGCAUGCGCGCUUGGCGAACAGAUGCGAUGCACCAGCAUAUGUACAAGGCUGCAGCAUAUUGGGGCGACAAGGUGUUAUGCAUAACUGAGGACUCUAAUGAUGCAUUCUGGCUGUCGCAAGUGUACUACUUAAUGGGUGAAUAUGGACGAGCGAUCAACUUGCUGCAGAAGCAGAAAUUAUUGGAGUCAUCGGUCGCUUGUCGGUAUCUGGCAAUCCAGUGCAUGAUUCGGACACAAAGAUGGACAGAGGCACUCGAAUAUUUAGGUGAGGAGAAUCAAUUCUCAAAGGACACCGGAUCAGACAUCAAUGUCAACAACGCCGAUGGAGGAAUCAAACUCGAAGCAUCAAUGUGCUACCUCAGAGGAGUCGUGUACAAGAAUAUGAACAAUAUCGAUCGGGCAAAAGAAUGCUUCAAGGAGGCGCUGCAGAUUGACGUUAAAUGUUAUGAUGCACUGGACGCGUUGAUCUCCAACAGCAUGAUGACUACGACAGAAGAGCGCGAGUUGCUUGAUGGACUCGAGUUCGACAAACAACUUUAUGGCCCAGAUGCAACGUUUGUAGGAAUGCUCUACAAAUCAAAACUGAAAAAGUAUGAUCACCUUGAUGAACAGGAUGAGAUCUACAAGGAUUUGUCCGCGAAGUUCCAUACAGAGAAUGCGGAUCUGCUGUAUGCAAAGGCCGAGGCAUAUUUUACACAAUGCUGCUUUGACAAGUGCCUUGAUUGCACAAAGAGGAUUCUGGAAAUGGACAAGUUCAACCUGGCAUGCAUACCAAUGCAUCUUGUUUCGCUAUACGAGCUCGAACGCAAGAACGAACUGUUCUAUAUCGCACAUGAAUUGGUGGAUCAACAUCCAAAGCACGCGGUCGCAUGGUUUGCAGUAGGUGUGUAUUAUUACUUGAUCGGGAACCUAACAGAGGCGAGGCGGUAUUUUGGAAAGGCAUCAACAAUUGAUUCGCACUAUGGGCCAGCUUGGAUUGGAUUUGGACACUCGUUUGCGUUGGAGGGCGAACAUGAUCAGGCGAUUUCUGCGUAUGCGACAAGCAUGAAGCUGUUUCGAGGCUCGCAUCUGGGCUCCAUGUAUAUCGGGAUGCAACAUCUUCAGCAAAACAACGUGAUUCUUGCCCAGAAGUACUUUACAACUUGUCUGUCGAUCUGCGACUCGGACCCACUGCUCCUGAACGAGGUCGCGGUUGUAAACUACAACCUCGGCCAGUAUGAAGAGGCCGUGAAGACGUUGCACAAGGUUAUUGAGAAACUCAAGCGGUCGCAGCGGAAGAAUGUCAUCUGGGAGACCACUUGGCUCAACUUGGCGCAUGCGUACCGCAAGCUCGGAAAAUAUGAGGACGCAGAGAUGUACUUCAUGAAGGUGGACGGGAUCACGAGCGCAGGGGCUGCAAAGGCAUCGGCACUAGUAGGGCUCGGAUUUAUUUACCAGAUCAUGAGGCAAAUCCCGGAUGCAGUCGAGUGUUAUCAUAAGGUGCUAGCGAUCCGACCGAGUGACCAGAUUGCGUCGGAGAUGUUAAAGAAGAUUAUGGAGGAUAGGGUCCGAGUGGAGGAGAUGCAGUGGAUGCGCGAGUACUUGCCAGAGGAGCUCAGGGACGAUGAUGAUGUGGAGCGAAGGGUGCGGAAUAUGUUGGAGCGAAGAGCAAGGACCGCGCAUGUUAUUGAGGAGAUCGAGGCAGAGACGGAGGCGCGGGCGUCUUCGAGUGCUGCUGUCGUUAUUGCAGAAACAGAGGCAGGGUCAUCAUCGUCGAGUGCUAUUGCUAUUAUGGAAGGCGAGGUCGGGACACAGCCAGAGUCUCCUUCUUCGGCGAUUGCGCGUGGUAAACGGAGGGGAUCUGUCAGCUCAGGAUAUUCUCUUAGAGGUCACAGGACACGGAGUGAGAAGGAAGUACGGAAUGAACCUGAGGAUGAUCCAGAGGUGGGCCAUAAUGAAGUCGAUAUGGAGCUGGGGGAUACUUGA